ACACACCCUACGUCUUCCUUCUCCCUGGGAACCUCUCUCACGAAAGCGCUCAUCAACCUCCGCUCCUGGCUGCGCUGUGGCCACCACCGGCAUCUCAGGAAUGGCGGUAGCAAGAGUGCAGCCUCCGCUCAACCCACGAGCGGCGUCGCCUUCCACGGCAGUCCCCGCCUCCAACACUCAAAGCCUACAGAGCACGCCCAUCCACAGUUCCACCCCUUCCGUCCGCGCACUGUUCCUCCGCGCCGUGGACCCCUCCCGUCCUGCCUCCUGGUCCGCCGCCGUCGCCGACCUCCUUGCUUCCGGAGACGCCGUCGCCGCUCUGGCCACCUUUGCCGCCGCUCUCCGCGCUAACCCGGCCGCGCUCCUCCCGGCCCUUCCCCCCGCCUUCCGCGCAGCUGCCGCCGCCACCUCCCUCGCCGCCGGCCGCCAGCUACACCUCCUUGCACUCCGUUCCGGCCUCUUUCCCUCUGACCCCUUCUCCGCCUCCGCUCUUCUCCACAUGUACCACCACUGCUGCCGCCCGCUCGACGCCCGUAAGGCGUUCGAUGAAAUUCCCAGCCCCAACCCCGUCAUUAUCACGGCCAUGUGCUCUGGCUACCUGCGAAACAAUCUAGUCUACCCCUCGCUUUCUCUCUUCCGCGACUUGCUCGCGUCUGGUUCUGCCAUGGCGGUGGACGAGGCGGCUGUGCUUGUGGCGUUCUCCUCGUCGGCCCGUGUCCCUGUCCGCGGAAUUACUGCUAGCCUUCAUGCGCUUAUUGUGAAGAUUGGCUUGGACGUGGAUGCUGGGGUGGUCAACACGAUGUUAGACGCUUAUGCCAAAGGCGGUGGUCGUGACCUGCCGGUUGCGAGGAAGGUGUUUGAUACCAUGGAGAAGGAUGUGGUGUCCUGGAAUACGAUGAUUGCGCUGUAUGCUCAGAAUGGGUUGUCGGCGGAGGCCCUGGAGCUGUAUGGCAAGAUGCUGAAUGUUGGUGGAGGCAUUAGGUACAAUGCUGUGACGUUCUCUGCUGUGUUACUGGCUUGCGCACAUGCUGGGACGAUACAGACUGGAAAGCGCAUUCAUAAUCAGGUGGUAAGAAUGGGUUUGGAGGAAAAUACCUAUGUUGGAACUUCUGUAGUUGAUAUGUACAGCAAGUGCGGAAGAGUGGAAAUGGCAAGAAAGGCUUUCGGCAAAAUUAAGCAGAAGAAUGUCCUGUCAUGGUCUGCCAUGAUUACUGGUUAUGGUAUGCAUGGUCAUGGACAAGACGCCCUUGAAGUUUUCAAUGAGAUGUGCAGAUCGGGGCAAAACCCUAACUACAUAACUUUUAUCUCCGUUUUAGCUGCUUGCAGUCAUGCUGGUCUUUUAGAUAUGGGCCGUUAUUGGUACAAAACCAUGAGGAAUAAGUUUGGGAUUGAACCUAGAGUGGAACACUACGGAUGCAUGGUGGAUCUUCUUGGCCGUGCCGGUUGUCUUGAUGAGGCUUAUGGCCUCAUUAAAGAAAUGAAGGUUAAACCUGAUGCUGCUAUCUGGGGAGCUCUUCUUAGUGCAUGCCGAGUCCAGAAAAAUGUUGAGCUGGCAGAAAUUUCUGCGAAAAGAUUGUUUGAGUUAGAUGCGACCAACAGUGGGUACUAUGUUUUAUUGUCCAAUAUAUAUGCAGAAGCUGGAAUGUGGACAGAUGUGGAGAGAAUGAGAGUUCUGGUUAAAACAAGAGGAAUAGAAAAACCUCCAGGGUAUAGCUCAGUUGAAUUGAAAGGUAAAACCCAUGUGUUUUAUGUUGGCGACACGAGUCAUCCUCAGCACAAGGAGAUCUAUUCUUAUCUGGGGAAACUGCUUGAGAUAGCGCAAAAAGCAGGCUAUGUACCAAACACGGGUUCUGUUCAUCAUGAUUUGGAUGAAGAGGAGAAAGAAUCUGCGUUGCGCAUCCACAGUGAAAAGCUUGCUGUUGCUUUUGCUCUGAUGAACUCUGUCCCGGGUUCAGUAAUCCAUGUGAUAAAGAAUCUUCGGGUCUGUACUGAUUGCCAUGCAGUAAUCAAGUUUAUUUCCAAGUCCGCUGAACGAGAAAUUAUUGUUAGAGAUUUACAGCGCUUUCAUCAUUUUAAGGAUGGAUCAUGCUCUUGUGGAGAUUAUUGGUGAUAGGGUCGUGCAAGAGGGCUGAGGUCGUGAUACCAUCUUCGUUGUCCGUCAUACCACCAUUGUAUUAUGUACAUGCCAAUUUAUUUCCAAGACAUAUUGUUACACCUCAUCUCGAUUAGGCUAAUGACAUCGCCUUGCUGCCCUGAAUACUGGGAACUUAGAAGAUUUUAUAGCUUGGCAUAAAUAAAAAAAUUACGCCUUUUCUGUAAGAUCUGCAUACUAUAAUGAAUGGCACAACAAGUUGGUUCAAGGAGACGUCGAUCGGAUGGACAAGGCAGCUCGAGGCUGAACCCAGUAUGGGAGAUCUCCUAUGGAACUUACAUGUCCCCAGCAAGGUAUUGUUUCCUAUGGAGGGCUCUUCACAGUGUGAUACCGGGGAUGAUUGUUCUUGCAGGUAGGCAUAUCAAGACCUCACCCCAAUGUCCCAUCUGCUGCUGGGGAGCCAAGGAUAUAAAGCACCUGAUGUUCACGGGAGGCGUGGCAUGCGAGGAAGGUUUGGCAAGCGCAGGGACUUGAGGUGUUCAUCAAACAAGCAAUGCAGAUUGAUCGAUCACGGGUCAGUGAUGCUUGAGGAAACUUUGAGGAAUACUGUCAAACAUUCAGCGUUUAUGGGUCGGUAUGGUGUACAGGAGACGAUCGCCGUAGGGGCAUGGUAUAUCCUGUGGCAGCGACGGGAGGUUGUUAAUCGAGGAGAGGUGGAACCUGCUCAGUCAACUGUGUUUGCAAUUCAGGCUAUUGGCGCGAACUAUGCAAAGCUCUGAACAGUUCACAACCAGUCCUGAUACGAUGAGGGAAGCCUCAUGGAAUUAUUAUAAACCGAAUGUGGAUGCAUCAUCAUCAUACUUUUUGAAAAUGGAACAGGGGCAGUGGCUGCGGUCCUCCGCAAUGAUCAUGGUGAACCGGUCGCUGGGUUCUUGAUCACAUGUUGGACUCGGCCACGGUGGAGGCGACCGCUACCCAGAAGGGCCCGGAGCCCCGGAACUGGUUGAAAACUUGGGAUGUAACACCAUCAUCGUCGAGUCUGACCGCCUGGAAGUGAUUCAAGCAUGCAACGGUUUGUUUGGUCAAGGUAUGGAAGUGAUUAUGUUUAAUUCUUAUUCUCAUGUGUAUUGGGACGAUGAACCCCUUAGCUAUGUUUUAUCGAAUGAUAAACGUGUACUGGUACCUGAUCGACUGAAGUCCACCAAGUGGCUUCCCUAAACAAAGAACUGUUUGUCAAGCGAUUCUCUGAUUGCUCAAAACAUCUCCUUCCAAUUGAGGAACAAUCCAAUCUUAUUUUGUUCCCUUUUUUUGAAAUGGAACACUCGUAUUCCAUUACGGCACGGCCUGAUCGCCGGUCACAACACUGAUUACAUCAUCAGGGUAGCCAGUGAACCACUCUCUAAGUUCACCAUCAGACAAGCCUGCACCCAUAGCAGCCAGCUCAUGCGCUGGUUUAUUACAAGAUCUCGGUGCAUACACCACUUGGGCCUCAAUGAAGAGGGUUCUAAGCUUAAUAUCGCUAAACAGGGCACCAAGAGGCGCAAGGUCGUAGGCAUUGGAGGAAAUGGCUUGCUUCAAAACAAGGCAGCCGGUGUCAGAAAUUGCCCGCUCAACUCCUAACCGAUCUGCCAAGGACACAGCCUGAUAUAGGGUGUUUGGCACCAGCAGCUGCAAACCAAAUAUCCAGUGUAUCAUGAUACAGAUGAGUCCCCAACCACCUGCUCUAGACCGCUCUGAAAACGCCUCGUCGGUAUUGAUCCUCACCAUAUGACUCGGCGGCCUCCCCCAUCUACACCGCUGCACGACCGGUACAGUGGGUUUUGGCCCUAGACUCCCUCCAUUCGUCAGUGUAUCGAAAAGCUUCAAGCUCAAGUCUUCUUUCGCCAUGAUUGCCUCUGUUGCGUUCCGUCCACCAGCACCAAAGCAAGGCUCCUCCGGUAGGGAGAAUAUUACCGGCAAAAGCUCUUUGGCCGAGACACAAAAACCCUUUUGCAUUCAAGGAGCCUGAUCUCUCUCUCUCUCUCUUUUUGCGGGGAUCAAGGAGCCUGAUCCUGACAUCCUCUAGACAUUUCGUUCCAUUUCUAGUCAGAUGGUGAAGGAUAUUUCAUUAGUAAAUGCCAGAGUGGGUGGAGGGGAUACGUAUUUGUCGUUCUGGUUCAGACAAAUUAUAUGAAAUGAUGAUCACACAUAAUGAAUUUUGAUUCAAUUGGUUCAAACAAACAAAAAACAGCAGAGACUGGACGGAUAGUGCAUGAACUGUAGUGCUGAGUUCUUCUGUAGUCUUGUUCCAUCAUGGCUCGAGUCUUCCACUGACCGGAUCGAUCAGCAUGAUCUGUCUAACAGAAUGUACACCAUCUGAUCGCACAAAAGGUGGAGUAGCAUCUCUCCCUACACAUGGACGAACUUCCAUGGAUGCAUAAAAUUCAUCAAACACCCAUCAACAGCAGGGCGUCAAAACUGCAAAACACUCGCAUAAGAGUCUCCAUUUCACACAAUUUUCACAGCAUGGACCUGCUGCCCAAUGUUGGAUAACAUCAUCACUUGAAAAUGCACGCCUACCCUGGGGAAAUUCUUUUUCUCAAUUAUAUAGUAGGAGUACAUAACAGUUCAAAUCCCCCAACAUAUCAUAUUACAGUCUGCCGAUUGUUCUACAGAGGGGAGGGGGGGGGGGGGGGGGG